UCGGGGCGGUCCCGCUCGGGGCUCGGCGCGGCGAGACGAGGGCCGGAGCCUGGCGGCUGCGCGGCGGCCCGAGGCCCGAGAUGGUGAUCUGCUGCGCGGCCGCGAACUGCUCCAACCGGCAGGGCAAGGGGGAGAAGCGCGCCGUCUCUUUCCACAGAUUCCCCCUAAAGGACUCAAAGCGUCUGAUGCAGUGGUUGAAGGCUGUUCAGAGGGACAACUGGACCCCCACUAAGUAUUCUUUCCUCUGCAGCGAGCACUUCACCAAAGACAGCUUCUCCAAGAGACUGGAGGACCAGCACCGCCUGCUCAAGCCCACGGCCGUGCCGUCCAUCUUCCACCUGGCGGAGAAGAAAAGGGGGGCUGGAGGCCAUGGCCGCCCCCGGAGAAGGGACACCGGGAAGGCCUCGGCAGGUCUAAGGGCACAGGCAAGUGACACCGCGGAUGGGAAGGCAGCUGCAGGGUCACCUUCAUCCUCAAGCGCAAACCCAAUGGCCAAGCCGGAGCCCCGCAAGCUGAAGCGGGCCCCGCCGCAGGGCAGAAGCGCAGCCAGGGCCUCCCGGGAGGCCGCUGGUCAGGAGCGGGUGCGGCAGCCUCCGGAUGGACACGCGGAGGACGGUCCGGCCUCCGCAGCCACCUCCAGCAGCCAGGGAGAAGCCAGCACAGGGGCUGUGGAUGCUGGCGAUGAGGGCGCCACCCCCGCCGACAGGUGGGACAGGAGCGGCGUUUCAGCGGACGACUUCACGCCCCCGGGCUCCGGGGCCUGCAAGUUCAUCGGCUCGCUUCACUCCUAUAGCUUCUCCUCCAAGCACGCCCGAGAGAGGCCGGCCAUCCCCCGGGAGCCGGUUGAGCGGAAGCGGCCGAGGAGAGACGCCGAGCCCGGCUGCAGCGGGAGCAGCCCCGGGCCCGAGAAGGGGCCAGCGCAGAGCCCUCCACGCGCCUGCCCCUCGGCGAGCUCCUCGCUCACCGCCACGCCGCAGAAGCCGGCCCAGGGCGCCUCGGCGCCUCCCACCGACGUGACCCCGAAGCCGGCGGCCGAGGCCGUCCAGAGUGAGCACAGCGACGCCAGCCCCAUGUCCAUCAACGAGGUCAUCCUGUCGGCGUCGGGCGCCUGCAAGCUCAUCGACUCGCUGCACUCCUACUGCUUCUCCUCCCGCCAGAGCAAGAGCCAGGUGUGCUGCCUGCGGGAGCAGGUGGAGAAGAAGAACGGCGAGCUGCGGACCCUGCGCCAGAGGGUCAGCCGCUCGGACAGCCAGGUGCGCGAGCUGCGCCAGAAGCUGGACCAGCUGCGGAGGCUGAGCCUCCCUCACCUGAGCAGCCUGCUGCCCCCUGGCCGCGAGCCCCCCAGGAUGAGCCCCGUGGUAGAGCCGCUGUCCUGGAUGCUGGGCACCUGGCUGUCAGAGCCGCCGGGAGCCGGGACCUUCCCGACGCUGCAGCCCUUCCGGUACCUGGAGGAGGCACACAUCUCGCACGUGGGCCAGCCCAUGCUCAACUUCUCGUUCAACGCCUUCCACCCGGACACGCACAAGCCCAUGCACAGGGAGUGCGGCUUCAUCCGCCUGGAGCCCGACACCAACAAGGUGGCCUUCGUCAGCGCCCAGAACACAGGCGUCGUGGAGGUGGAGGAAGGCGAGGUGAACGGGCAGGAGCUGUGCAUCGCGUCCCACUCCAUCGCCAGGAUCUCCUUUGCCAAGGAGCCCCACGUGGAGCAGAUUACCCGAAAAUUCAGGCUGAAUUCCGAAGGCAAACUUGAACAGACAGUCUCCAUGGCAACCACUACGCAGCCCCUGACUCAGCAUCUGCACGUCACGUACAAGAAGGUGACCCCGUGAGCCCGGGUGGCGCUGCCUGCCUGGGGACGCCACGCCGCAGGCGGUCACCCUGGGCGCGAGGGUGCGGCCACGCCUCGUGUAAUGGCACAGAGAAACCAAAUAAAAGGCCUUUAUUUUUA